AUGGGCGAUAUGGGCUGGACAUGGGCGAUACGAGGAUCUUUGACGUUCGCGCCUCGCGUUACGCGAGGGGAAGGCCGAGCGUCUGCGUGUGGUCUGAUGUGCGGCCGUACCGGCGCGCCGGAAAGGCCCAGAGCAGAGGUCACAGUGGGCGCAGGCUACGACGAAAAGGGAAGCGGGGAAGCCAAGCUUGAAGGAAAUCUACACGGUCAUAUUCAUCAUCUGGCGGCGUCUCUCCUCGAGAUAAAGUCUGCUCCGAAUGCACGAUCGGACCUCUGCGUUCAUGUUUGCGAGGGUGCAUGCAAGCUUGGGACCGGGGAUACUCGCGUUCCGGAGCUGGCGCUGCUCGUCCUGAUAUACUCGCAGGAAAGAGUGUCAUCGGGACCGCGAAUCCUUAGCAGCGUGCACCAGGCCGACAUUAACCAUUGGGACAGUUGGUACGCGGCGAAGAGGGACUCCGAUGGAGGCGUAAUCUACACCGUUCCUCUGCUGGUCCUUGGUCCUUUGCUCAGUGCUGCAACCCGAGCGCGAUCGCGAUGCCUCUCCCCUGCUGGACGCGUUCUCGCUCCUCGCCUCCUCGCGGUCAAUGCGGGCUUGAUUCGCAGCAGCAGCGUCCGCGUCAGUCUGCGCUUGCCAGCUGUCCUUGGAGACUUCGUUCGUAGCCGUGCAUGUGGCUUUGAGUCGCUGGAUCGCGGCCCUUGGUCAUCCCCCGUUGACGGAUAG